GUUGAGAACUGUCAACAUUACAGAGACAACAUUCCCAAGACUACGAAUAAGACUUCUGGAACCGUUUCUACUCUCCAAAGCUUCCGCACACCACAUUUUCAUUAUCCUUGGAAACUACAGCUAUAUCAACAGCCAAUAUGAAGGUUGUGGGACCUACCUGCGCACUGAAGAGCAAGGUUGGCGGCGAGGACAUGGUGCGGUGCCUCUCCGACCAUAGCCUGGCCAUCUCCAAAUGCAAAAUCCCACUGCUGGACGAGCAGAUGACCGUGUUUCUGCAGGACAUGAAUAGCUGCUAUAGCAAGCUGAAGGAGCUGGUCCCCACUCUCCCGACCAACAAGAAAGCUAGCAAGGUGGAGAUCCUCCAGCAUGUCAUUGACUACAUCUGGGACCUGCAGGUCGAACUGGACGAACCAGAGAAGAGUCGUCAGCAAAACAGCGUGACCCGCACACCACUGACCACCCUGAACGCAGAGCUGACCAGCAUCACUGUCGAGAAUGGAUGCUCGGAUGACAGAGUCAUGUGCCGCUAGAUCUCCCGGAGCUGAAGCCCAACAUUCCAGAACGAACAAGGUUACUUUAUGUGACAUGUGAUCACAACCAAACCUUGGGUCAAAUAGGGAAGUUGAAAACUCCCAUGCUAGAAAAGACUGUCGAUGGACAUUCUCAAGAAGAGAGUAGCUGUCACUCAAGGCCUUCAAUCCACUCCCAGGUCUCUGAUCUCAUAGAGAUGAGUGGGUCCAAAUAGACUGUGUUAGCCCGAGGACCAUGGCAGUUUCUGCAAACAGCUUAUGUUGUUGUUGUGUAGAGUGU